GGGCCGUUAGUCGCCGUUGUUACCCGGCGAGACCGUGGUUUUUUGUUUUUUUUCCGGGGGAACUUAAACAGCCCAGCCGCGGUAAAAAAAACUCUUGUUUUUGGCUAGAAAAAGGAGGAAGGACCGCGGAGGAUGUGUGUGGGUGGGCGCUGUAGGCUAAUUAGCCGAAUUCGCUAGCAUUUAUGUCGUACAAGCAAUACAUAAAGAAGGUUAUAUUGAGACCAACUGUUUUCAUUUUUCUACUGUUUCACUGAACAUAUUAGCACAGUUAGCUUAGCUCAUAAAGUCAGAGCCGUAGCUUAGCUAGUAGCCGGCUAGCUGUUAGCUACUAGCGCAAAAUGGCCUCAUUGUCGCUCGGUAGCUCUGAUGCUGAAAAGACAAAGCAUGCGGCAGUCACGGCCAGCAGCUCCGAGCCGCUCUCUUCAGCCGCUCUGCAAGCUCCACAACACCAGCUCAUAACGCUUAAUUAGUGUUAUUCACAGGGAAAUGUGAAAAAUACAAUGCCGCCGUGUUGUGAGUUUAUUUACACGUUUAGUACGGUAGGCUGUGAAAGUGGAGAGGUUUCGGUGUGCAGUGGGGGAUGGGUCAUGCUAGCAGCCAUUGACGUAAAGCAAGGCUGCAUUCUGUUUGGCUCCUAGCAUAAUACAAGGGCUCAGUUUAAUACAGAGGUGGAAGAAGUACAAAGUUGCACUACCAGAUUUUAGGAAUACUCUGUUACAAUUCAAAGUCCUGCAUUCAAAACGUUACUCAAGUAGAAAAGUAUUAGCCUUAAAAUAUACUUAAAGUACCAACCGUACAAGUACUCAUUAUGCAGAUUUCAGAACAAUAUAUAUUAUGUUUUGAUUAUAAUUAUUAUUGCAUGUAAAGGUGCAGCUAGUUUUAAUUUAAACCUGUAUGCUGCAGGGUAGCUUGUGAAUGUUACUCAAGGUGUAACUAAAGUAUUAUGUAAGGGUUGUUUAUAUUUCACAUUAUUUAUUACAAUCUGCUAAGUUACUAAAUAAAUUAAAUGUUUGUAGCAGAGUAAAAGUGCAAUAUUUACCUCUGAAUUGUCGUGGGGUAGGAGUACAAAGUAAAAGAUAGACAAGUACAAUUGUAUUUAAGUACAGAAUACAAAUUAGUUGCUUUACACCAGUGGUUUAGUAGUCAUCUUUAUAUAGCUGUGUAUAGUAGUGCUGUGUUGCAUAUAUACAAUUGUCUAAUACAACUUUUGUGACUACAAUAUUAUUUGCGUAAUAUUUUUGUUUUUUUACAUUUGAUUACUCAUUUCCUGCUAGACAAGUUUAUUUGAACAUCACAUGUGUCAGCAUUUCCUUGUUUUAUCUUGUUGAAACUGUGAGUACAUUUACAUGACAGGAAUGUGUAAGUUUAAACUAUUGGUUGUGCAGGAAGUGGUAUGGAUCUUGACCGCUGCAAUAAGCAUCUCUGGCAGACAAAUUAUGUCCUAAUAAUCAAUAUAUGUUUGGGUUAUACUUGCAGCAUUUGAAAUGAUAGGUGCCUAUAAGAACAUGAUUCUUUUAGGGUGUCUUUGGUGUAAAGUUAUUGCAUUUUGUAUUAUUGUAUUAUAGUGGUUUUUCAUGUCAAAUUUGUCAGAAAAUCUCUGAAUAUAUUGAAAAUAUAAUAGAUACUGAUAGUUGUAGUGUAUAUGUCUGAUAUUUUAGGGUAAUCAAGAUAUCAUUUUUGGUUCAUUUACAUUCUGUAGGUGUUAUGUUUUUGCAUCAGUUGUAUGAUGUGAGUUUGUCUGCUACAGGUGCGACAUAAGAAUGAUCAAGUUAUAGACCCAAGUCAUUUAAACUCUGAUUUAUAAAACACAUAUUAUCUUGAAAUUUGACCCAAAAAUGCUGAACCAUAUGGUGUUCAAAACCACCCUUUUUCUAUAUACCUGUAAAUGUCAUGUCCCAAACAUGUCCCAAACUGUUGUUUCUUCAAUUUGCAGUGUGCUUUCUCUCAGGUUGUAGGUCUUCCUGGUUUUAUCCAAUUGAACUUUUACUUGUUGUUGUUGUUGUUUUUUCUUCCGAGAGAUAUUGCUCUAUAGUGUGUCUUGUUUAACAGGGACCAGCCACAAAUGCACUACACAAGAAGCAAACAUUUCUCCAUAAUUCUUUUCCUACCCUUUUUGUAUUUUAGAUCUACGGGCACUUUCAUAAAUGACUUUUUUCCUAUUCUGUCCAAUGUCAGGAAAUGUCCCCUGUGCGAGGACUCAAAGAAAGUGAAGGCUCCCAAACAAUUCAGUGUAUAUUAGAUCUACUUCUUUUUUUUGGUAAGGGUUAUAUCAUUCAUGUGAUCAAUCAGGGGAAGACAGUAGCUGUAACUUAAUCUUUCUUUCUCAUUUCAUGUCAGGUUGUCAUGUGUGUAAAGAAGCAAAGUUAUUCCCACAUUAAAGGCUGGAGAGAAGGAGCGGAGAGUUUACAAUCAACCCCAAAUAAGAAAUUUGUUUGACUAUAUGUUGAUUAAAUGUCAAAUGUUACAAUUGUGUUUUUGUCUUUCUAGUUUUUGGCUUCAAAAUCUUGCACAACACUCCUGCAGUCUUACAGUGUGUUAAUUUGGUGAUGGUAUGUAAUUUGCACUGAUUAUAGGGUCCUGGUUUUGCCUGGUAUUUUAAGAUGAACAUUUAAAGGAAAACAAAUUCAGCUUUGUUGGAGAUGAAUUGUGACAAUAACAGCAGUGUUUUCCAUUAGCUUGAUUUUGGUUUCCAGCAGAAAUGUGGGGCUUCUUUUGUAAAAUUGCUAACAACUCUUUGCUGUUUGCUUUUUACUCUGUAAACCCUAUUGCUAUGCUGUUACAGUCAAGCAUGUAUCAAUACCAUUGUCAUUGUACCCCUGGUUUUACUUUUUUGUGAUUAUUUUUAAAGAAAUGUAUCACAAAGUUUAAAUUAGGUGGAUCAUUCACCCAAAAUGCCCUGCCAACACUGGCAGAUUUUUUUACACGGGAGACACAGCUGGACACUGCACAUUAUUUUUCUGUCUGGAAAAUUAAAUGCCCCAGGCAACUGUUCAGACCUCAGUCUCCUUCUUACGAUUAUUUUUGGGGAGUCAGAGGGCCUUCAAUGUUGGCAGGAGUGUUAUUUUAUUCCUGUAAGACAACUGUGUGCCAAACGGUGUGUAAUAAGGAAGUUGACUCUACUCUUCUUCCCCUCCUUCAGUGAAGAGAAAGUGAAAAUCUUGUUCUACUAGUUUUUGAAUCUUGGCGUGUGUAGACCCGGAAACCUGUUAUCCCUUGUAAAUACUAGUGGUUCAUGGUGGUGUAUUGUAUUGUGAUAUUGUCAAUGCUAUUUUUUGUCAUAUUCUUAUCACUUUUACCCCCUUAAAAGCACCUAUUGAUUAGGAUAUUUUCUUGCUCACAGGUGGCAGUGGGAAAGAAUAUAAGUGCACUGAUCAUGUAACUUGAGUGCUGUGUUUGUUUUCUGACAAAGGUCUGUAGUCUGUGCUUACUUUGAUGCAGCGUUUGCAUUUAGUUGGUAACCAUGCUAUUUUCGGUGGCUCAGUGGUCUGUUAAAAGUGUGGUUGUUCCGCCCAGCAGGAGUCUUGCCUCAGACUGGCCUAAAAUGGGCAGAAAUGGUGCUGAACAAAAGCUGCUUGUCACUCGUACAAAAGUACUUGAAGCGUUGCAGCCGGGACCGAGCUGCAUUUCUAUUGCCUGUGCCUCUCAACAGGAAAGAGAGACAACAUGUUCCCGAAGGGCACCAAGCGCAAGUUCUCAGACCCCGGAGAGGAACCGGUCUCCGAGGAGGACCAGGCCCCGGUGACUCCAUCUGCGGCGGCCCGGACGCUGACGUCUGCAUACAGCCUACAGCGGCAGUCGCUGCUUGACAUGUCGCUGAUCAAGCUGCAGCUCUGCCACAUGCUGGUCGAGCCCAACCUGUGCCGCUCGGUGCUCAUAGCCAACACAGUGCGGCAGAUCCAGGAGGAGAUGACCCAGGACGGCACCUGGCAGAUAAUGACCCAGGCGCUGGCAGCCGCCCAGUGUCCCGCAGACCGCCUGGUGGCCACAGAGGUGCUGUGCCGGCAGACGGACCCGGCGGGGCAAAGCCCGAAGCCCUGCUCAGGGGCCGGCCUGGAGGAAGGCUACCACGCUGAGGAGGUGGUGAUGGAGGGAGACGUGGAGACAGAGGUCACCAUGUCCACUUUGUCGCCCGUCUCCCCCCAGCUGUCCUCGGCCUCGUACCUCGCAGGUCCCUUUGGCAUGGGACCCUGCUGGGAGGAGGAAGAAGAAGAUGGUGAGUGCGAGGAGGAUGAAGAGGAGGACAGCGAGGAGUGUGCGUCUGAGAGUGAAGAGGGGGACCGGGACCACCUGAGCCCAGAUACCAGGACAGGGGAGCAGGUUUUUGGGACUUUUGAGAUCAAACACCCAGCGCCGCCCCCUGACCCUGCCCUCGAGGAACUGUUUUCAGAUGUGGACCCGUCCUACUACGAUCUCGACACGGUGCUGACAGGCAUGCAGAGUGCUCCUAAGAUGGGGCCUUACGAUCUGCUGGAGAGCCUUUCCUCUCACGGGCCCACAGCCCUCAGCUCCAGCUCGAGCUGCAGGUCAGACCUGAACGAACUGGACCACAUCAUGGAGAUCAUUGUGGGAUCCUGAAACUAAAAACAUUCCUCUGGCCUGUCAGAGGCCUCAGACUCUUUCCAGACUAUGCACAGUACACAUGUGCAUGUUCUGUAUGUGGUAUUGUUACACAUGGAGAUUGUUAGAGGUUUUGGGGACAAGGUAGGGAAUUAACAGCAAGCCAAGUAGAUUUUGGGAUCGGCUGUUAGAGGUGUAUUUAGUCUUCUAACGUCCACUUAGGCAAGUCGGCAGCUGCUGUUGGGACCCUCCUCUUUUAUUCAGAAAUUGUAAUUGGCAGUUAAAGUAGAGAUCAGAAAUGAAUGAAUUUUGGGAUUCACAAGCCACGUUGGUCUGUGGGUGAAGCGGUUAGUUUCCUACUUUGUUGAUGAAAUCCAAAACUUGACAAUACGUGUGAGAGAGGGCGAAGAUAAUUACCUAUACCAUGAUGCAUUCUUAUUUACGUACUUUCCAUGUUUACGUCUGUCAUACAUUCUGUCGUACUAGCUCCUUCUGGUCGUAUUCUCUGCCAUUCUGUCCAUUUUCUAUUUAUUGUAUCAUGGACUGAGGAACAACUCAUCACACUACAUGCAUCAGAAACAGAACAAAUUGUAAAUCCAAAUCUAUGAAUCAAUGCAUAUUUUCCUAAAGAUUUGAGCAAUUAUGAAUGGAAUAUAUGUAUAUGUACGUAUGUGUAUAUAGAAAUAUAUUUUUUGCAUUAUACAGCUGGGGGAUUUUGCAAGUAUCAUUUGAUAUUAAUUAUUAUUUUUCCCUCCCAAGCGGUUUUUAAGAUUUUAAUGUAGCCAGACUCGAGACAGUGUCUUCCCAUGGUUUGGUAAAAACAAGUCGACUGUAACAGGUUUCAGGACUGGCAUCGAAACACUUUUUCAAGGCGCUGUUCUUUCAUUUUCUCAAAAGCUUUACGCACGGCAGGGAAAUAACUGCCGGACACCAACCAAAUGCUGGAUAACAUUUGACUGUUUCUGUUAAGUUAACAGUAGCCAGUGGUAAAACGUAAGUCAUUUUCCUGCCCUGUUUUACAUACAGAUCUAAUAACAAUAAUAACAACAGCUUUUUUUCCGGAAGCAUUUUUGGAGAAAACCCCGGGGUGAUAACUGCAUCAAGAAGCCAUAUUUCUUUCUCUAAUUUGUUAGAACAACAAAUGAAGAGUUCUGUUUGUCAACCCAACCUAAUUUAUUGUUUUAUUUAUUGUAUUUAUUAUAUCUAGGUACCGACAUGCCAUAUUGACGUAUCAAUUCAACCACGAGGCCCGAUGAAAUUAUAUUUAUCCAAAUUUUCCCUCCGUUUUGAAUGCAGUACCUAUUUAUUACUCACAUUUUUUUAUUAUUAUUAGCAGUAAUAAUAAUAACCGGGUUACUAUUCAGAUCACUAUGCAGCUCUGUCAUACGUGUUUCAAAAUGAUUGUAUACGACUCAAUGUCCUUUAAUUCUUUUAUGCAAACAGUUGCCUUUUCUCCUAAAGAUGUGGAAAAAUCAAAUGCAUUUUUCAAAAAAUUGUUCAUUAUCAUCGUGAUGAAGAGAUUUAACUCAGGCAAACUAAAUGUAUUGACAAAAAUACAGUAUUACGACACGCUUAUUACCUUACCACAACACUCCUGAAGGAUGUCACUCUGGUCUGAAUGGGAGCUAGAACUUCAAAGACUAAUUACCGUUGUAAAAUGUAUGCAUUUUUUUAUAUUAAGGAAAAACAUUGUAGCAUCUUUGUAAAUAUUUUUUAUAAUAAAAGGUGCAACUAUUAAA